UAUUUCUUUUUAUUAAAAAAAAAAAAAAAGUAUACGUUUUUUUUCGAGUUCUAUGUUUUAUAAUACGCUUAUCAUAUAUAGUUACGUACCUACACGGCUAUAAAUGAUUACUCUAUUAAUAUAUAUAUAAACGACCAUGAAACUACUGGGGUAUAAUAAUUUACGUAAUUACUAUAAAGUCGCAGUCCUCAGUUCGUCAGCUUUAGUUUUACUAUAAUAACUAUAAUAUUCUUGUAAGAAACUAGUGUUCUGUGCGUUUUUUUUUUCACCGACAUCAUGUUAACUUGAGCCAAGUUCAAAUAAUUAAAUUUAUUAUCAAAACGAAUUAUUAAUUUAAAAUAACUACCUAGUUUGUUAAGACUUAAAAUCACAAAAAAUAAGGUAUACCUGAUUUGUUUUUAAAAUGAAUGUACCAGUAGCAAUUGGGUCUACGUUUUUCGGAUGUAUGAGCAAUGUGGUCUUUUUAGAACUCUUAGUCAAAGAAGAUCCUGGUAUAGGAAAUUUGAUAACAUUUUCCCAGUUUUUUUUGAUUGCGUUACACGGAUUCAUGUUUACUGCAAAAUUUGGAACAAAAAAACCAAGCAUCAGUGUCAAAGGAUAUCUGAUUUUGGUUGCAAUGUUUUUUAUUACUAAUGUUUUAAACAACUAUGCGUUUGAUUUAAAUAUUGCCAUGCCACUACACAUGAUUUUCAGAGCAGGGUCAUUAAUAGCAAAUAUGGUUAUGGGAGUGAUUAUAUUGAAAAAAAAGUACACUCUAGAUAAAUAUAUUUCUGUAGGUAUGAUUACCACUGGCAUUUCAAUAUGUACAAUUGUAUCUAGUCAAGAUGUUAAAAAAACUGUUGUACGUGGUGUGGUUCAAAACACAUCGGAACUGGAAGACUUCUUUUGGUGGUGUUUAGGAAUUGCAUGUUUGACUAUUGCAUUAUUUAUUUCUGCUCGUAUGGGUAUAUAUCAAGAAACAUUAUACAAAAAACAUGGUAAACAUCCGCAAGAAGCAUUAUUUUAUACUCAUUUGAUACCACUUCCAUGGUUCCUAUUUUUGUAUCCCAACCUCAAGGAACAUACAUUAAUGGCUUUGGAAAGUAAACCAUUGCCAUAUAUUGGAUUUGGUAUACCUGGUACUAUUGUUUACUUGAUUGGUAAUGUUUUCACUCAAUAUAUUUGUAUAAGCUCAGUGUAUUUUUUGACAACUGAAUGUUCGUCAUUAACUGUAACACUAGUUAUAACAUUGCGAAAGUUUGCCAGUUUGUUGUUUAGUAUUAUAUACUUCAGAAAUCCAUUUACUUUGUACCAUUGGAUUGGAACUCUUCUAGUGUUUGUUGGUACAAUUAUUUUUACUGAAAUACCACAAAAGGUUCAACAAAUGACCAAGCCAACAAAGAAAACAAAAAUUGCAAAGAAAAUAAAUUAAGAUUACUCCGUUAUUUUGAUGUCGCGUUUUGUUCUCGGUGAUUACAGGAUAUUUUUUUAAGUUUUGUUAAUUAUUGUUGAAUACUACUUGUUUAGAAUAAUUAAAAACUUAUUAAUUUA